AUGCAUUUCAGAGUGGUCUUCUUAGCUGUCUUCCUUGGUCCGGCAGCGGCCGACUACCUUCAAGAUACUCAUUCGGUCCAUGAGAAGCGAGAGAAAAAGUUUGGGUUGGGCUGGUCAAAGGUUGAAACCAAACCCAACCCCGGAACAAUUAUACCUCUCCAAAUUGCUCUCCAGCAAAAUGGGCUUGAUGUAGCUGAGCACGAGCUGUUGCGAGUCUCCGACCCAUCUUCUCCCGAAUUCUCCCAGCAUUGGACUCGAGCCAAAGUCGAUGCUAGGUUCUCUCCUACAAGAGAGAGAAUACAUACAGUUCAGACUUGGCUCGGGGAGGUCGGCAUCGGUGAACAGCACAUUCGCCGAUCCGCUGAUGGGGGAUGGCUUUUUCUGAAUACCACACUCAGAGUGGCUGAGAAGCUACUCAAAACGACCUUUGGUGUCUAUCUGGACCCCAAGAGUAACGAAGAGCACUUGGCAUGUGACGAGUACAGCCUUCCAGAUUCGGUUCGCCCCCACGUGGACUUUGUAAUGCCAACUGUGCAUCUGGGCAUGGGAACGAGGAUUAGGCAAAGAUGGAAUCAGCCUGAUCAUUCAGAUGACCGCCUGGUGGGAGCUCGCGGCGACUUCAGUCCUCGAUCUCUUCACAAAAGAUCCAACACUACAUUCACUCUCGACAACUGUCACCGGUACAUCACACCUGAUUGUUUGCGGGAACUUUACAAUAUUCCCAGUACAAGCGCCAUCCACCCGAAUAACUCUUUCGGAAUCUUUCAAGUCUCUUGGGCCUCUUGGCUUCCCAAAGAUCUGGACUUAUUCUUCGGUAUCUUUUCACCAAAGUCUGUUGGCUUCAGGCCCAUCAUGAAAUCCAUAAAGGGUGGUUACUGGCAGGACGAGCUUCAAGGAACAUACGUAAAUGCCGAGGCCGACCUCGAUUUUGAAUACAGUAUGGCCUUGACAUACCCUCAGCCAGUCAUCAACUACCAAGUUGGUGAGAAGUGGCAGACCGGGACGCUGAACGGGCUCAUCGCGGCGUUUGACGGUUCAUAUUGCGACGCAUGGAACUCCUCUAUUGAUGGUGUAUACCCCUCUCCUUCGGAUGAUGGAUAUCAAAAGGCCCACGACUGCGGCACAGUCCGUCCAGCUAACGUUGUGUCCAUUUCCUAUGCCUGGAAUGAAGUCUCUUUUCCGAAGGCAUAUCUCCGAAGGCAGUGUCUCGAGUUUCUUAAGCUCGGUUUGCAGGGUGUCAGCGUCAUAUCGGCUUCGGCAGACUGCGGUCCGGCGGGAACAGGAUGUUCUUGUCUUGACCCUUCUACUGGCCAAGCAUUGGGCCCGCUGUCGACAUAUGGCAAUUUCAACCCCGUAGUGCCAGCUUCGUGCCCAUACGUUACCUCUGUCGGUGGUACGCAAAUUCGCGCAAAUGGCUCUGUCUACGAUUCCGAGGUUGUCUUUCGUCAUUCCAGUGCCACACAUAUCAGCUCUUCUGGGGGCGGGUUUAGCAAUCUCUUUGACGCACCAGAAUAUCAGAAGGACGCAAUUGAUCAUUACUUGCAACGCCCAGAUAUCAAUGAGCGCUUGCAGAACUUGACGGGGAAGUUCAAUCCACUGGGACGUGGGGUCCCCGAUGUAUCAUCCAACGCGGCUAAUUUCGUUGCCGCCAUCAACGGCCAAUUGAUGACUGUCUUUGGGACCUCCGCAUCAGCGCCAGUUUUUGCUUCUAUUCUCACGAAUAUCAACGAUGCGCGCCUACAUGUCGGGAAGAAACCCACAUAA